GCAGACGAAGCAGAUAGGUAUUUUGACGAUUUAAUAGUUACUGUGCAUUUUAUUCGUUGUAUCCUGCCACCUUUUGUUCCGAUCUCAACUCCCUCGAGACUGUAGAAGAUGAAGAAAACUACGCGUCCAGAAUUUCCCGUCCCACCAUCCCCCAUGACCACUGCUCGCCUGCUCCUUCGACCCAUCCAACAAUCGGAUCUGGAAGACUUCCAUGCCCUUCGCUCAGAGAUUGAAGUCAUGAAGUGGACCUCUACCGGGAAAGUCGACGUUGACAAGGAGGCCACACAAGUCUGGAUGAACAGGUUCCUUCCGCCAAACGACGCCACCACUUUCAAUUUUGCCAUUGAGGAGCUCGCGAGUCCCGGCAAGCCCAUCGGUGUGUUAGGCUGUCAUAUCGCAGAACCACCCGAGUGUGGUUACAUGUUGCGCACCGACUCUUGGGGUAAAGGGUAUGCCACAGAAGCGCUUCGGCGGUGGCUCCAAGCAUGGUGGGAGUUGCCCCGGAAAGAUGUAACGGUCGAGGAGGCAGAGGGGGAAACCGGGACUGAUGACUGCGUUGUAAUGGUACCGGAGGUCUUGAGAGCAGAUAUAGACGGCAAUAACAUUGCGAGUGCCAAGAUAUUGGCCAAAUGUGGUUUUCGCCGGGUCGCCGAGGAGCUGAUUCAAGAGAACGGCACGGCCGUCAAUUUGAUCACUUUCGAACUCACUCGGCCAAGAUAGUGCCCAACACCAUCAGUCUAAUUUUGAGCAUUUGAGCG